AUGGCUUCUGCCUCGCGUAUCGUCGUCGGGGCGGAGGACAAGGACCUGUGGAGCGCCGCCCAAGGCAACCAAGGCAGCCGAGAUGAGGAGGCGGCCGCAAAGGCAUCCGAGCUGUUGCAGGCAGACUUGACGAAAUACCACGUCUUCUUCAACACCCUCGGCUACCACAACCACCUCGUUCACCAAGUCCUCACCCUCUACAGCACCGGUGCACCCGCCUCCGUCAUCCAAGCCGCCUUCGACGCCAACAAAAGCUACCAGAUCGACCGCCUCCCCACGCACCCGCACGUCGUCGCCGAGCUCCAUACCGACUUCGCCGCCCAUGCGCCAAAGUACCUCGGACGUGCCGACCACUACCCCGACUUCCUGCGCUUCUUCCAGGACGAAAUCGACAAGCGCGGAUGGCAGGCCGUCAUUGGCGAAUUCCUGUGCUCCGACGGCCCCGUGGCGCGCCACAUGGUGCAGCGGCUCUUCUCGGGCAUCGCCCAUCCCAUGAUCCAGCUGGGCUUCGGCCUCGAGUGGGAGCAGCCGGCAAUCAUGGCCGAGGGCCUCGCCCAGACCGCCGUCCAUCACAACCCCCUGGGCAACUUCUUCGACCGCGUCGACGAGGCGGUCCGGGCCCCCGGACCGGCCGACACGGACGUCCCGCGCAGGGGCCUGUCCGACCUGUGCGAGAAGAUGCAGAGGGAGAACCCCAAGCUGGCAAGUGCGUCAACGUGGCGCGACGGCGACGGGAGCUUGUACGACGGCGUGCUAGGCCGCGGCCUGGAGGACGCCGUCGCGCUGUGCGCAAACAUCAGAGUCAGGCAGCACGACUACGAGGAGCGAGUGGCCGAGGCCAUCCACCACAACGCCUACGUCGCGGCCAGUGCCUCUUGGAAACCGCCCCAUAUUCCGAAAUACGACUUCUACCUCAUGCACUCUCUCAACUCGUCCAUGUUCCUCCUCUGCCUGGACAAGCCGUGCUUCCCAGUGUCCGCAAGGCUGCGCAUCCUCGAGCACAAGAUGCGCUACGACGUGGUGCAGUACGUCGCGCGCGGGUGUCCGGCGCUGUCGCCCUCCCACGUGACCAACUACGACCCGGGGGAGCGGCUCGUCCGCCGGCCAGAGGACCUGCUCCCCCGCUACCACGGCAUCAUUGACGACGGGCACGUCAUCAAGGCGGCCCGGUCGCUGCUCCUCGCGCAGCGCGUGUCGCGCAAGUGGGCGGGCAAGGCGUGGAUCAGGAUAGCCCAGGACCAGGACUGGCUCAAGGCGCACUACAUGCUGCUGAAGAGCGUGGAGGGACAGGAGCCCCCGUGGGUGAGGAGCGCCGGCUUCGACGAGGCCUGGUCCGCCGUUCCCAGGCUGGAGUAG